UAAACACAAGUCAAGAGUUCCAAUCUACACGCCGUUAACGUUAAAAUCUUUGAAGCCAAAAAAACCAAGAAAAAUAAGAAGAAAGACGGUGACGGUGGACACUGAAAGUUCACCGUUCCUGCAGAUCGACCUCUUUCUUUUACACCCCCUUCCCAAUUCUUUCUUUCUUUUAUCUCCGCUUCCCAAACGUGGUCUCUUCAAAUCAAAUCAUUUACACAAGGAUGAAGGAGCUUGCUAUGUGAUUUGAGCUUUGGAUCAAGUUAACAAAAUGGCGUGGUUUAGUCGGGGACUUGAUUUGGGGAACUUGGAUCUUGCCGGUGCGGUUAAUAAGCUGAGUGAGAGUGUUAAAAACAUUGAAAAGAAUUUCGACACAGCACUUGGUCUUGAAGAGACAUCUGGUUCUACUAGUACCAAUGAAGCUUCAGGAUUAUGGCCUUCAACUACAGAUAGGAAGGCCUUAUUUGAUCCUGUUAUGUCUUUUAUGGGACAAAAAAGUGAGGAGACUGCUGAAGAAUCUAUAGAGAAAGUUGAGUCAUCAAAGCCCACCUUGCCUGCAGGGGAAGUAGUUGAAGAUUCAGCUGAAUCUACAACUCAACGUGAUGUUGUUCCUAAAGAAUCAAAGGAAGAAAACAAGGACGUUAAUGAAGGAACUAAAACGGCUGAAGAAUCAAUUGAAGAAGCACAAAAUGUUGAUGAGAAAUCAAACCAAAUGAUAUCUGCUGAAGAAGAAAAUAAGGAAGCAAGAGCUGAUGAUGUCAAACUAGACUCUGCUGUAGAAACGAAAGUUGAGAGGGAGGAGCAAAGAAGUGUUUUCGGAACAGAUGAAAGAAAAGCUGAAAUUAAUUCACUGGCUGAAGCAUCAAAGGUCAAUAUAGAGCAUGAUCAGGAAACAUCUCCAGAAAUCCUCCAAAAGAAUGUUCCAGAGGAAGAAUCAUCUGAAAACCUGCAGUUGGUUUCUUCCCAAUCAUCAAUUGCUUUAUCUCAAACUGAAGUUGGUAUCCUGCUGCUUGCUGAUUCACAGGAAAAUACAGAUAAUGACAGGGAACAGAAGAAAGAAGUAACUGAGGAAUCUCUUCCUAUUCAGUCACAGUAUGCAUCAAGUGACCCUGCAGACAGGCAACAGAAGAAAGAACUGACUGAGGAAUCUCUUCCUAUUCAAUCACAGUAUGCAUCAAGUGACCCUGCAGACAGGCAACAGAAGAAAGAAGUGACUGAGGAAUCUCCUCCGGUUGAAUCACAGGAUGCAUCAAGUGACCGAGCAGAUAGUGCAAGACCUUCUGUUUCAGAUUCUGUAACUGCCAGUGAAGGUGGAAGUUUUGAAGAGCAUUCUAACAGGAGCUUUCUUGGUGACCAGCACUCAGAUGAAGGUCUGAAGAGGGUAUCUGAUUCAGUUAUGCCUGAAAAUGAGCCGGUUAGUAGACCUGUUGAGGUUACCCAGCGAGGAAAUGAUCAUGAGACUGAUGUGAAAGAACGCUUGAGCUCAGGAAGCAACUCUUCAGAUGUUACAGAUUCAGUGGUUGAACUGGAGAAGCUGAAAAAGGAGAUGAAAAUGAUGGAAACUGCAUUACAAGGAGCUGCUAGACAAGCUCAGGCAAAAGCUGAUGAAAUUGCGAAGUUGAUGAAUGAGAACGAGCAAUUGAAGGCUGUUACUGAGGAUCUGAGAAGGAAGUCCAAUGAUGCAGAAGUUGAAUCUCUGCGAGAAGAGUACCAUCAGAAAGUUUCUGCUCUUGAGAGAAAGGUUUAUGCUCUCACCAAAGAAAGGGAUACACUUCGCAGGGAACAGAAUAAGAAAAGUGAUGCUGCAGCUCUUCUCAAAGAGAAGGAUGAGAUAAUUAAUCAAGUAAUGGCUGAAGGUGAGCAGCUUUCGAAAAAGCAAGCAGCCCAAGAAGCUCAGAUGAGGAAGUUAAGGGCACAGAUCAGAGAGCUUGAAGAAGAGAAGAAAGGAUUGCAUACCAGGCUUGAGGUUGAAGAGAACAAAGUAGAGAGUAUAAAGCGGGAUAAGGCAGCAACAGAAAAGUUGCUUCAUGAAACAGUAGAAAAACAUCAAGCAGAACUUGCAACUCAAAAAGAAUACUAUACUAAUGCUUUAAAUGCCGCAAGAGAAGCAGAAGCUUUAGCUGAGGCACGGGCUAACAAUGAAGCUAGAACUCAACUAGAGGGCCGUCUGAGAGAGGCUGAAGACCGUGAAGCCAUGCUUGUCCAGGCACUUGAAGAAUUAAGGCAAACACUUAGCAGAACGGAGCAGCAGGCGGUUUUUAAGGAAGAUAUGCUGCGCAGAGACAUUGAGGAUCUCCAAAAAAGAUACCAAGCCAGUGAACGUCGAUGUGAGGAGUUGAUAACACAAGUUCCCGAAUCUACCAGACCUCUUCUCAGGCAGAUAGAAGCCAUGCAGGAAACAAACGCCAGAAAGGCUGAAGCUUGGGCUGCUGUUGAGAGAACUUUGAAUUCACGUCUUCAGGAAGCCGAGGCAAAAGCUGCAACUUCAGAGGAAAAGGAGCGAUCUAUUAAUGAACGCCUUUCUCAAACCCUGUCUCGAAUCAAUGUUCUUGAGGCUCAGAUAUCUUGUCUUAGAGCUGAGCAGACACAGCUAACAAGGUCCCUUGACAAAGAGAGACAGAGGGCCGGAGAGAACAGGCAAGAAUAUCUUGCUCUAAAGGAGGAAGCUGAGACUAACGAAGGUCGUGUGAAUCAGCUUGAAGAAGAAAUUAAAGAACUGAGAAGGAAACACAAGCAGGAAUUACAAGAAGCAUUAACUCACCAGGAACUCCUGCGGCAGGAGUUGGAGCGGGAGAAAGCUGCUCGUUUGGAUCAAGAAAGGGCAGCUCGUACUACUAAUUUUGUGCCUGAUCAAAGCCCAAUAACGAGGCAGAAAUCUGGGAUAGAAAAUGCUGCAGGAAGUUUGACACGCAGACUUUCAAGUGCUAGCAGCUUGAGUAGUAUGGAAGAAAGCUAUUUUCUGCAAGCAUCUUUGGACUCGUCUGACAAUUUAUCUGAGCGUAGAAAUGCAUUUGAUGGUAACAUGAGUCCAUACUUUAUGAAGAGCAUGACACCUGCCCUUCGCCAGAAGGAAGGGGAACUUGCGUCCUAUAUGUCUCGACUGGCAUCUAUGGAAGCCAUCCGUGACUCCCUUGCGGAGGAGUUGGUUAAAAUGACUGCAGAGUGUGAAAAGCUACGUUCAGAAGCUUCCAUGCUGCCUGGCAUCCGAGCAGAGCUAGAUGCACUUAGGAGGAGACACUCGGCAGCUCUUGAAUUGAUGGGUGAACGUGAUGAGGAGUUGGAAGAACUUCGUGCCGAUAUUAUUGACAUGAAGGAGAUGUACAGAGAGCAAGUAAAUAUGCUCGUGAAUAAGAUCCAGGUGCUUAGCUCAUCACUGAGUGCCACCUGACCGAGCUGAUCGGUUGCUAUGUGGUUUUUCUGUUCUGUUGCAUCAUGGAGGUUGCUGCAGUGUAUGUGAUGUAUCACAUUAAUUUUGGGCACGAUAAUUCUUAUGUCACCAGUUUAUUAUAAAUCUAUAGAGGAACUACCUUUUACAGGUUUUCUGUUGUAACUUCAAGAGUGAAUUGUUGUAUAGCAUAUUCUUUUAACAGUGGCGUAUUGGCUUUAUUAAGCUUGAUAAACUGUUUUCAAUUAUUCCCAAGUUCAAGAAAGGGAACUUGACACUUUAAGUA